AUGGGUAGGCUGGGAGGAGCUCAAAGUCAACAGCUAUUGGCGGUGUUGAGUCAUCAUGUGGGAGAGAUUCCUAAAGGGCUUAUGAAAACGACGUUGAGAGGCCUUCUGGACAACCUGUGCCGACCAGCGAUCGUCGGAAGUCUCAAUCAAGUCCAGACGGUCGCCGUAUUGACCGCUCUCGCCAAGCUCGAGGUUCGUCAAGAAUUCGUCAUAUCGUCGCUGAUGAGGUCCCUCACGAACGACACGGAGGAGGUGAAAAAAGGCGGAGCGAAGCUGGCGAAGAAACUUCGGGCCUUGGGGACGACAUUGCCGACAAGACCAUUUGAUCUGAUGAAAACGGUGGAGAAUUUAACAUUUGAAAAUCAACUUGAUCCGGCGCACUGGACGAGCAUUUUAGCCGCCAUAGAAGACCUAUCAGCGUGGAGUGCGACCACAGUUCACUUGAGUUUAACGUUGAGAUCGCUGUUGUUGCAUAAUGGGUUGCAAGGCUUGAGGGCAAUACAUAUAGCGCAAGCGAUGAAACCGUUCUGUCAUGGGGAAUGGCGGGAUUUGGUGAGCAACGAUGUCGUGAGUGAAAUAGAUGAGCAGGUUGAGGGUGCCUUGGCGGUUUUGUCGGAUGUUAACGGGCAGAGGUUCGAUCCUGGAGGGGACGAUUUUUGGCUCGACGAAUUUGCCCAUCUCUGCAUGGGAGCUCUACUGCGACACGAAGUGUAUCUCAUCAGCACAUGGAGCGUCUUGAAUACCGUCAGAGGCGUCUUGGCGGACUUUGAAAAGAGCUGCCAGGUCGAGUGGACUUCUGGGGAGGCGGCUUUCAUACAGCGAUUGGCGCAAGUUGAUAGCGAAGAAGCUGCGGCUGAAAAUCGAUUGAAAUUGAUGGUGAAAGAAGUUUAAUUUUGAAGAGUUGCCCAUGUUGUUGUUGUAGUUUCGGACGUGUUUCGU